AACACUAACUAAUGAUCUUGAUCACCUGUAAAUGCACUUACUGUGUAUAUCGCAACAACAUAUUCUUCUUCAUGACUUGCUUCUUCACAGUUCCAUCGCAGGUAAUAAACAACAACAACAACAACAACAAGAUGCAGAUACAAAUUGAGUGAUUUUGUUCAACUUACAAUGUAUAUUUUACCUGUAUACAAGUCUCUACCUUCUUAUACCUCUUUCUUUAGCAAAAAAAAAAAGAACUCAAAAGUGUAAUGGGCGCAAAUGGCAAAACUCUGAUUUUGUAGACUUUAAGAAUAAUCACAAACUCCCAGAGUGGCUCAGAAAGAAGAAAGUUUUCGUGAAAGUUAGACGUGUUAGAACAUCACGGUGCUACAAGAAUAUUAUAUAUUCUCCGUCGAAAGAAUUCGGUGACCUCAAUAUUUUCUCCAUUAUAGAGAGAGACUUUGAUUUAUUUUUUUUUUGUAUUCUCAUUAUCGUCUUGUAGUCGACUUAGUAACUUACUCGUCCGUCGCAACUCAGCCUACAUUCUCGCAUUACCAUACCGUUUUUUUUUCUGUGUGUUUACCCUAUCCAUUAGAUACAAGAUACAAACUCUAUAAUCGAAGAGAGAAAAAGUUCCAUCCAAACUUGUGACAUAUUUUCGGUGAAAAGAUGUGGCUUAAGCACGUAUUUGUAACGUCCCUCUGUUUGCAUAUCGCCUUUGCCCAUACAACCCAACGACCUAGUCGCGAUGAAGUUGAUUCCAAUCCGCUCCUCGACAUGGCUUCAAUGUUCAUUUCCGAAGCUUUAAAUAGCCAAAGUGGUGGCAACUCUGGCGGUGGUAAUAGUGGCAGUUCCGGUCUCGGAGGUGUUGCUUCUUUAAUUGGAACUCUAAUGCAGGCCAACAAUGAUGCCAGCGGUCGUGGAUCUGGAUCCGCUGGAGGAGCUAUGCAAAUUAUUUCCGGUAUUGGUAGUUUAUUAGCAGCAAAUAAUGGCAACGGCAACUCUGGCGGUGGAUUCGAUCCGUCAAUCAUUGGCAAUGUUAUUGAAAUGUUCACCAACAGUGACGCCAAUGAUAACGGUGGUGGAUCACGUCAAAGACGUGAAACGGGUAAACAACAAGGAGGAGGUGGAAUUGGUUUGGACUCAAUUCUUCAAAUCGCUUCAAUGUUCAUGAGCUCCCAACAGGAGCCACAAAACAAUCACCACCAACACAAACGAUCGAUACACGACAACAGUGUCGAACAAGAUAAUGGCUUGAUGAGUCUGUUGCCCAUGGUCGUGCAGGCAUUUAGUUCUUUUAGCGGUGCAGAAGGCAAGCGCACUCAAGAGCGGCAUAAAGAUCACGCUUGGGUGCUUCCGCCAUACUUGGAGCAUCUUCACGUGCUGUGGGAUCAUUUCUCCAAUUCCGAUUUGGCUGAUGCACUUUAUCAGAAAUCUGGUUUAAAUGCAAUCUUUAUGGGCUUUAAGGGGCGCGAUGGUAAACUGGAUUAUAACAAGCUUUUUGAGUCGCUGAAUAAUCAAUCUUUCCGUCGUCGUUGGAUUAAGGCGGCAACCCUUUAUCUAGCCGAUUGGGCUGGAUACUUUGCCAAUCCAGAUGUCUAUUUGAAAUAUAUCCAAACCGCCCAGCUGAUGUUUAAUGGAUUCUUAAAGUCUCAAGGCUAUCCUAAGACGACUUUCUUCGAACCAAGUCGGGCUAGUGAAACCAUUUCAAACCUUCUCGAUUACGUCGCCAAACAUCAACUUAAUGUUAAAAUUGAAUCCAAGACUUAUGUCAAGCCAGCUGUUGGCUAUGCCAAAGAACUACUUAAAUUAGGUCAAGCCCGUGUUAUGUUGCAAAAGUUCAAUGCCACUGAAUUGAGUGACAAACUUACUGACACACUUAAUCUGGAAGUGAUUGAACCAGUUUUAAAAGUCCAUAGAGCCUAUCGAUAUGUCACAAAAACACCACAUUGUGAUAAAUAUGUUUUGUGUGAGCUAAAUUCAGAGCCUGAUCAAGGUGAAGCUAGAAAUAAUAAUGGCGGAUUAGUAGCAGGAGUUAAACCAAAAAUUAUUAAAGUUGGUAGUAUGGGAGCAGCUUUAUUUUUGAGUGCUGAAACGGGAACACCAUUUUGGACAUUAUUUAGUGUUAUUACAACGGCUAAUAAUUGUGAGACUAAAUAUCCGGUUGAUUGUAGUGGAUUUCAUGAGGGCGAAGCUAAAGUUACUACAGAAUAUGUACACAAUGAGCUUUAGAUAUAUAAUUUAAUUUAAUAAAUAAAGUAAAAAACAAUGAAAAGGAAGAAGAAAAAGUAAACUAUGUAGAAUGUAAUAGUUUGAAUGUAAAUAAAAAAAAUAAACAAUAAUUGAGUAUGUAAUUGGUGUCUUUUGAAUUUUUUUCUUUGUUGAUGUUGUUGGAUGUUUUGUUAAUUAUCACUUUCAGAUAAGCUUGAAUAUAUGGAAGUCAGAGAUGUAAGCAUUGAACAAAUAAUAAGAAAUUAUAAGGUUUGCUG